CAAGCAGUAGAUAGAACAUUCAUCCGAAUGGAAUACGAUCUAGAGAACACAGCCAAUUAACACUCUGAUCACCGAAUAAAGCACAGCAGAAUAAUAAUAGCCCGGCGAGCUGCUCACGGCGAUGACAUCGGCUCGCACGGGCCAACCCACCCACCGAAUUAUCCAGCCGUCGCCCAGCCGUCCGUCACUCUCGCUCUCUUUCCGUCACCGUCUCCCAAUAUCCCCGUCCAGCAACCUCCUCCUCCCCCUCCUCUUCUUCCUCCUCAACUCAUCUUCGCUAGAGCAUCAUCGCCCGGCGCGUGCCUGUCUGUAUAUUCAAUUCAUCCCGACACUCAUUUCUCCUUGUCCAGCCUCUCCUUUAACACCAACCCAAUACCUAAUUCCUCAUCGUCGAUAAUCCCACCCUUGAACGUCUCCUGCGCCUCACCCCGCCCAGCAACUCGGUGAAAUCAACACAAAUGGGUAUCUGCUCCUCGUGCCUCGGGCGCGGUCGUCGCGAUAAUCACGAUGUAAGC